AUGCGCGACACUGACGCCUCUGAGCUUUGCUUGCUUGCUUGCUUCAAGAUUCAAAGAUGGUCUAGAGCGGUGCAGGAUGUCCUGUUGCCGUCCGUCGAAAAGGGCGACGUCAUUCUGCUGGCGGCGACGACGGAAAAUCCGUCGUUUAGGCUUCAAGCGGCGCUGCUCAGCAGGUUGCGCGUGUUUGUGCUGGAAAAGAUGACGUUGGAAGAUACGCGCGCGCUGCUUCGCAGGGCUAGAGGGAGGGUCGUCGUCUCCGCGAGCAGCAGCGCCGCCGCCGCCGCCGACGACGACGACGACGAAGAUGCGCUCCCGCUCGGCGCGCGGGACGAGAUGCUGGAUUGGAUCGCUGUCAUGGCGGACGGAGACGCUAGAACCGCUCUCAAUUCGCUAGAAUUGGCGUUGUUGAUGUCGAGUCAAGACUCGCCCACGGACAUGGACUCGCUCAAAACUUUGCUGAGGCGAAGCGCCAUGCAGUAUGAUCGGACCGGCGACGAUCACUACGAUUUGAUUUCUGCUCUGCACAAGAGUAUACGCGGCAGCGACGUCGACGCGAGCGUCUUUUGGCUCGUCUCGAUGAUUGAGCGGGGCGAGGACCCGCUCUUUAUCGCUCGUCGAAUGAUCGUCGCGGCAUCGGAAGACGUCAAUACACCAGAGGCUCUCAACAUCGCACUCAACACGUAUCAAGCCUGUCAGCUUGUUGGAUAUCCCGAAUGUGCAGAGAACCUCGCUCAGGCCGUAGUCUUUCUCGCCGAGAGCGAAAAGAGCACGAGGGCGUAUAGAGCGCUGCAGAAAGCCAGGACGCUGGUCAGGGAGGGCACCAAUUAUCCGGUGCCGGUGCACAUCCGAAACGCUCCCACCAAGCUCAUGAGGUCGCUCGACUACGCCAAGGACUAUCGCUACGAGCCCUCUUUUGCGCAUCCUGUCCACCAAGAAUACUUUCCAUCCCAGCUCAAAGGCACUCGACUCGUCUCUCCGCCGCCGGGAAGAGCGCCCGAUGCGCCCAUGUCAGCAAAAGGCGAGCAGUCGACAAUGCCAAAGCUCGCUGAUGUUUCGCCCGCCACGCGAUGGACCGGUGCCCAUGCUGUACCCGCGAACGAGGGGGUGGCGCAAUCGCUUCGCUUGGCCCCCUCAGAUGCCCAAGGACCAGGAUCUUGCCAGCGAGUCUGGAAGAUUGGAGCAAGGGCAGUGGAUUUGGACCUGCUGGAUGAGUGGGAAAGGGAGCGAAACGGUGGCGUGCGAUGGCAAGGCAGAGAUGCGCUCGAGAAGAGUCUCGGUGUCGAGCGCGAUGAUAACGAAGAGACAACAAAGCAAGGUCCGCCGCAGGACUCUCGAGCUGCAAACGAUUCCGCCGACGUCGCAACCCCGCGACGCACAGCGGGCAGGUUCAGACCGAGCGCUCAGCAAUGGGAUCCGUCGGUGAUGCUGCAAGACCCUGCUGCGAGCGGCGUCGCGCGACCCGCAUACGCCAUCAUUCUCCUCAACGCGCCCAUACACGCCGAUCAUCGUCGGACCUUUGAACGGCUCUGGAAUGGCGCGAAUUAUCGUGUCUGCGCGGAUGGAGGAGCGAAUAGAUUGCACGAAGCCUAUCGAGGCGGUGGCGAAUCGCGCGAGACGGUCUUGGAUCCCCAUGCGAUUCUGGGCGACUUGGACUCUCUGCACGCGCACGUGCGAGACUACUUUUCGUCCCUGGGCGUGGCGGUGCAUCAUCGACCUUCGCAGUACGCGACGGAUCUUCAAAAGUGCAUUCAGCACAUUGAGGAUGUGGAAGCGCUGUCUCGCAGCAAUGCCAGCGUACCAGGCACGACGAGCGAGGGGGAGAUGCAGCUCGUCAUCUUUGGCGGAUUGUCUGGUCGUUUGGAUCAGACGCUGCACACGAUCCACACGCUAUGGCUCUUGGCGCCGGGUGUGAGCAAUGGGAGGGGCGUGGAGGACCCGGAUGCUGCGGAAAGCGAUGAUCCCGAAAGAAGACGAGGAGGACGCUUGAAGAAGCGCAAAAGGACGUUUGUCGUAAGCGAGAAUAGCGUUGCUUGGGUCUUGCCGCAGGGCGAGCACGAGCUGCACCUCUCGCCCACAAUCUUGGGCAAGACGUGCGGCAUGCUGCCCAUCGGUGCUGGUCCGGUAGGCGUGCGCAUCGAGACGGAAGGGCUGGAAUGGGAUCUAGAUGGAACACAGAGGAGCGCGAUCGGCGGCUUUCUCUCCACCUCCAAUCAUGUGGCGCGAGCGCGAGUCAAGGUGCAGACGGAUGGGGAGUUCUGUUGGACCGUCGAGCUCCGCAAGGAUUCGGAGGGGGUGUGAGCU